CAGAAGUGCCACAAGGCUGCAGCCAUGAUGUGCCUCCUGCUUGCCCUGGGCCUGGCCCUCAUGUGUGGCACCCAGGCUGUCAACGUCAUCCAGACUAUGGAGGACCUGGACAUCCAAAAGGUGGCAGGUACGUGGCACUCCGUGGCCAUGGCGGCCAGUGACGUCUCCUUGCUGGACACCGAGAGCGCCCCCCUGAGAGUGAACGUGGAGGAGCUGAGGCCCACGCCCCAGGGCGACCUGGAGAUCAUCCUGCAGAAACGGGAGAAGGAUGGGUGUGCUAAGGAGAAAAUCAUCGCAGAAAAAACCGAGAUCCCUGCUGUGUUCAAGAUCAACUCCCUGGGUGAGAAUAAGAUCUUCGUGUUGGACACGGACUACGAAAACUACCUGCUCUUCUGCAUGGAAAACGCCGCCGACCCCGAGCACAGCCUGGCCUGCCAGUGCCUGGCCAGGACCCUGCAAGCGGACGACGAGGUCAUGGAGAAAUUCAACAGAGCCAUCAAGCCCCUGCCCAUGCACAUCCGGCUCUCCUUCAAGCCGACCCAGCUGGAAGCGCAGUGCCGCGUCUAGGGCCUGGGAUCCUUGGCCCCUCUCUGGACAGAUGAUGUCACCCCCGCCUCCCCCAUCAGCAGGGUCAGGAGGGACCAGGACCAAGGUCACCCCUCUUGGGACCCAGGCCCCUCCGGGCCCCGCCUGGGGUCUCCUGCUCGGGGGCGUUCCUCCUUCAGCAAUAAAGGCAUA